UUCGCAACAGAUCGCCGCGGCUUGGAAUCGAAUCCCCCCUCCCCACUCGUUUCCUUCCGCCGCAAGCCGCCGCCGGCCCCCGCCGCCGCGCCCGCCGGCCUCGCGCGCGGGAUGGGAUCCACGUGCCUGUCGUGCGGCGAGAGCGCGGUGAUCCCGGACCCGGACUCCGGCGUGCUCGUCUGCACCUCCUGCGGCGUCAUCGACGACGCCGGCGCGGCGGAGUUCGUCCACCAGGCCACCUUCACCGACUCGGGCGGCCUCGACCUCCGCGUCUCCAGCCUCGUCCGCAACAGCUCCGACUCCGCCUACCGCGACCAGAAGCUCGCAGGCGCCACCGCCGCCAUCACCGCCAUCGCCACCCGCCUCGGCCUCUCGCCGACCCGCGCCGAGGAGGCGCUCCGCAUGGCCAAGUCCGCCACCGACGGCCAGCUCGCCACCCCGGCAUCCGCCUUCCUCCCCGCCCUCGCCGCCGCCUGCUCCCUGCUCGUCGCGCGGUCCCACCGCCUCCCGCUCUCCCUCGCCGAGGCGGCGGAGGCCGCGUUCUGCUCCGCGCCCGCCCUCGCCGACCUGGUCUCCCGCGUCGCCGCCCAGCUGUCCCUCCCUCCCCUCCCGUGCUUCGACUACGCCGCCGCGCUCGAUCGCGCCGUGCACCUGUCGCCCUCGCUCACCACCGCCGCGGGCGAGAAGACGGAGGCGAUUCUAGCACAGGCCCGGUUCCUCCUCCGCUGCGCCUCCAAGUGGUCGCUCACCACCGGCCGGUACCCACUCCCCCUCGUCGCGGCGCUGGUGGCCUUCUCUGCUGAGGUGAACGGGGUCACCUCUCUCUCCGUGGAGGACAUUGCUCAGGACAUCUCGGCCGGAAUCAAGACCAGCCUCCGUCGAUACAAGGAGCUCGUUGGUGCGCUCGUGCAUGUCGCACGGCAGCUGCUUCCAUGGGGCGCCGACGUCAAUGCGAAGAACCUGCUCCUCAACGCGCCAGUCCUGCUCAGGCUCAUGGAGAUGAGGUCACAGUCAGAUCUCUCUGAAGUGUUUCUUGAGAGCUUCGCUCCGAACAUCGCUGGCAUUGUGCAGGCAUACUCUUCUGUCGAUGAUGACGAGUCCAAGUACCUUCAGAUUGCUCCCGUGGGUGCUGAUGAUUUCGAUUUCGAUAAUUUUUUGCAAGAAGAGAAAGAAUUUGAGGAUCAGAAGAUCACAGAGAAGGGUCUAUCAGAUGCUUACCAAAAUGUCUUAAACAGGCUUGCCCAGCUACAGAAACUUGGGAAGGUCAGUAAAGGUGGUGACAAGAGGAAGCUGUGGAAAGGAAGACUGGAGCUGGAGCCAUGGAUGGAUAGUGUGGAUGAUGGUUGGAAAAGGGACAUGAAGCUUGAGGAUGUUGUGGAUAUUGACAUUGGAUAUGAUGCACCUCCACCAUCAUUUACUGCUGGAAUGAAAUUGAAGAAGAAGAGGAGAGCCCGUAUUGAAGCUGCUAAGCAGCGAAUUGAUGCGAUUAGGAAGUCUCCUGCUGCUCCAGCUGCAAGCACCAAUCAUUCACAGCCUGGUGUAAGAAAUGAAGAUAUCUGUCCUCCACAAAAAUUAGCCAAGAAGAAACGCGGGGGAAAGAGGAUGGAUGACAUAGAUCGAAUCUUACUCGAUGACAAUUUGGCAGAGAUGCCAGAUAGUCCAGAUGGCAGGAAGAAGAGACGAAAAAGAGGUUCCUGUGACAGUAUUGAUUGGGAAGAUUGCAUUAUUGAGCUCCUGUUAUUACAUGGUGCAAACGAAGCAGAGAUAGAACAAGGCCAGUACAGAAGAUUGUUGGAGUUGCAUGUAUUCAGUGCAGUAAGUGGAGGAAGAUUGAAAAAUGUUAAUUUGUAAAUCAAUAUCCAUCAGACAUGCAAGAAGGUAAAUCAGAGAGGGAGAAGAGGAUCAGGGAUGGGAAGGAACACUUAGUGCACGGUGCACCUGAUAAGUGGUGACAUGCUUUCAGAGCAAACGAGGACUGUGGUUAGCUGACAACACAGUUGUUUCUGCAGGCUCUUUGGAAAUCAGUUAUGGUUAUUACCUGUUACUUCCAGGUUUCAGUUGUGCCUUUUACUUAAUUGGCCUCUUCAGUCUGCUGCUUUGAUCUGGACACAGUUGCAAUUAAUUGCACGUGGAGGUAUAUCUUGACUGCAGGAAUCGGAGGCAACAAGCAGAUUAAGGUAAGGACCAAUUACAGGCACAAUUCCUGGUCUCAAUCUUCCAUUUUGAAGCAAGUCUUGGGCUCUUGGCUUGUGUUAAUUCUGUUCCACAGUUAUAACUUCUCUGGUAUUCCCCUCAAAAAAA